UUGGUAUCAGAAGUGGGAAGUUCUUUGGAAGACAACGCACCGGUGGCUGGUAAGUCAGCCACUAUUUUAACAACUUACACCAAAAAACUAAAGUGACUCUUGCAACGGUGCAUUUCUGAAACAGCGUCAUUCUCAACAGCUGGACGUUUGUUCACUUUUUAUCUACACCGAUUUCCCGAAGGAAACCAAAGCUCUAGUGCCACGGCUGGACUGGUAGCUUUCGCGAACUGGAUUCCCCCAACCCUUCGCCAUGCUCUGUUGUUCAUAGUUACUCCAUGGAGCAACCUAACUUCUACGAGGUCGAAUCCCGGCCCCUAAUGACCACCCACUUCCAGCCUCAGCACGGUGCCUUGGGGUACAGAGACGCUCCACCUGCUACAGAUUUAAGUGACAUAUGUGAGAACGAGAACUCUAUUGACAUCAGUGCGUACAUAGACCCUUCUGCCUUCAACGACGAGUUCUUAGCCGAUCUGUUUCACAACAAUAAAGAAAAAGCCAAGGCCAGCGGAGAAUUCGAUCCGCAGCACAAUUACAGUCCCAGCAGUGCAAUCUCUAUUGGCCACCAGCAGAUAUUUGGGAGCAUGGCGAAUUACAUGGACACUAAGCAUGACCCAGUUUAUGAUCGCAUUCCUGCACCUGGGCUACGACCACUCGUAAUCAAGCAAGAGCCAAGGGAAGAUGAUGUCUCUCAAGCAAUGAUGGCAUCAUCGUAUUCCCUCCAUCACCACCACCAUGCUCCCCACCACCCAAGUCAUCUCCAGUACCAAAUCGCUCACUGCGCCCAGACUACUAUGCACCUCCAGCCUGGGCACCCAACUCCGCCUCCAACCCCAGUGCCUAGCCCGCAUCAUCCUCAGCAUAAUUCAGCAGGAGGGACACUCAAGAUGAUUUCCAGUGACAACAGAAGCAAGUCCAAAAAGUUGGUGGACAAGGGCAGCACUGAAUACCGAGUGAGAAGAGAAAGGAACAACAUUGCAGUGAGGAAAAGCAGGGACAAAGCGAAGCUGCGCAACGCCGAAACUCAACAAAAGGUACUAGAGCUUUCUUCAGACAAUGAAAGACUCCGCAAAAGAGUGGAGCAACUGAACCGGGAACUUGAGACUUUAAGAGGUAUCUUUCGCCAGCUUCCGGAGGGCUCCAUAGUUAAAGCCAUGCAAGGUACCUGUGCGUGACCAGGGCCUGGAGCCCGUGAGCACCAUGCCACUCUUCCUUUGAGGGAGGGGGGUUCCAACAGCAGAACUACGUUGUCCCUCAUUAAGCCAGGCAAGUUGGGGUCUCUAGUAGUUGUGCCUUACUGAAAAGCAUAUAAGCUGAAAAACUGGUUCUCAAGUAAGCAGACAGUAUAAGGUAAAACUGUUGUGCCUUAAGUACAUUUUUUUACAACAGAUGGACAAAUAUCAGCGGUAGCUUUUGUUAUAUUCAGCUUUGGCAUCUUGAUGUGUAAAUGCGACAGCAGUUCAUAUGCCUUGUGUGUGCUUAAAGGUGUAAACCUGUACUCUGAUUUUUAUCCAUAAAGUACCAAGUGCAGGGAAAUGGUACGUGUGCCCUAUCAAUAAGAAGAAUGUGCCUUAUCUGUGGUUGAACUGGAGUUUGGAAACAUGAUUGUCGUGUGAAAAAACAGAGUACACUGUCGGCUAUUUUGUUAAUGUAUAAGUUUAAUGAAGGCAGGUGUAUGUGCAAAUUAAGGUGUUCGUACUUCAACUGUUAGCCUGUAAUUUUAAAUUUAUUUCAUACUAAAUGUCUGUGCUUGUUUAAAAAGAGGCUUGAAUAUGGUUUAAGAAGAUAUCUUUUAAUGUCACAUUUAAUUUACGUGGAGCAUUCUAAGUAACCUUCCGGCCACCUGUGUUUGGGGAAGGGAGGUGGGGUGUGCUGGUGUAUUACACAUCAGGGAUUUUGCAGGCUUCCUUCCUUUUAAGCCUAGAAUGGGAGACUAAGGAGGGGUUUUAGCCCCUCCAGCUGCACAGUUAAUCCCUGGGCGCUUUGCAUGGAGAAAUUGUGGAGUUUGGACUCAAACUGGAUCCUUAAAGCAUUUUGUAAAGCAAACACCUUAACCAUUAGGCCACCCUCCCAACUUGAAGUCAUGAGUGCAGUCUCCUAGCCACAUGCCAAAGACUGCACUGCAAAAUCAUGGUGCCAUCUGGUGAGAUUGUUACCUCCAAGAAGUGGAACUGCCUUACAUAAAUGCGCUAUUCUAUGAUUUGCAGUGAAUUGCACGACUGUUUGCCUCCCCUGUGCGCUCUUAACGCACGUAAAGACAGACUAUUAACAAUAACUACAGGCAAAUGGUAACAGUAAAUUGAACUAUUUUCUUUCAGAAAAAAAAGUUUAGAUUUGAAAUGUAGAGUUUGGUAACUGUUGACAAACUAUUUAACCUGCAUUAUACUGUGAAAGUUCUGUGGUUUCUCACUGAUUUUGCAGUGAAAUUAUUUUUCAUGAAGCGAUAUCUUGUCUACCUUUCUGUAUUUUUACGCGGUUUAUAAAGUACGCACAGAUACUUCUCUUUUGUAUAAAAUAAUAUAAUAAUAAGAGCAUUAUUUGUUGUGGUUUGUACGUUCAAGGGGUCGUCAGCUGGUAUAACUAAGGAACAGCCUUUUUUUCUGGCUGUCAGAUGCCGCAAUGUUCUUGCCUCUGUAUAUAUUUUUAGACUUUAAUUUGUAUGGCAAUACAGGAUGUAUGCUGGAAAUGUAAUAAACAAAAACUACUGGUUAA